AUGAGUCUGGACCUGGAGAAGGAUGGGUCUGAACUACACUAUGUCAAGGGUUUUCCCUCACUGGCCCAAUUCAUCGCAAAUGACUAUGACCACACUACAUUUAUUUUUAAACGCUUUGACCAACUGUCAGCCCGGAAUCUCCUUUAUCUCCAAAGCGAGCUUGCGGACCUUCAAGCGCUCCAAGACAAAUACGAUCGAGAGGAUAUUAAGACCUCAUGGGAGGCAAAGGAAGGUCGGCGAGACUGGGAAAAAUUCAAGAGCAGGGCAGAUCUCACCAAUGGAGAAUUUCCGGAAGAUCAAAAGCGAAUGGAACUAGCACUCAAUAUUAGAAAGACGCUGAAGGAGUAUAAGAAGGCCAUCUUAUUGGAUUCAGCCCUUCUCUCACUGCCGAGACCAUCGAAACGAACAUACGAAGCACUCAAAAAUCACUCUCACAUCCAAAAUUUGUGUGAUGAAAAUUCUAGUCGCGUACCAAUUUUGCAGGGAAACAGUGAAACUAUCUACGAUGACCACGACGACUUGUUGUCGCUGGUUCGUCCUCCAGGGGAGGAUCGAAUCUCAUCUUUCCUGCGAGACCACUGCUCAGUGCUCUUUAUGGACAGGAAACGGAAAAGAAGAGGGAACAGUCCAAUAGCCUAUCUCUCUUCCAAUCGGAUCACAGCCAUUGCGACUAUUCUUAACAUCGUUCUUGCUGCUGCGAUGUUGUUCGGUUCAAUUUUCAAUCUAUACUACGUGAAAGGCCCGAAUAAAAGGCUAUCAAUUCUAGCUGCUUAUACUGUAGUGUUUUCACUGUUCGUUGGACUUCUGACGAAUGCUCGUCGUGCAGAAGUAUUUGCUGCGUCUGCUGCUUAUGCAGCUGUUUUGGUUGUCUUUGUGAGUGGGGAUUUAUCGAGCUGA